GGGUGGGGCGAAGUUGGAUCGGAUCAAAACAGACGCCAAGAACAAAUUUGACCAUUACCGUCUGCGUCCCGUUGAAACUUCCGGACCAUAUUCUUCACAAACCAGAAGAAUCAACCUUCGUCCAUCAUCAAAUUAUCGUUUCCAGAAUUUCAAUUCAUAUUGGAAUUGGAUUGAGAAUGCAAAUGGGUUCCAAUUCAGAGAAGACCAAUAUGUUGCCGGUCACGGAUCCUCCCAACAAAUUCGACGAUAAACUCUUCCGAGGUUCCGCCAUGACUAAACGUGGCGCUUAUGCUGCCAUUUCUUAUAUGUCUUGUGCUGUGCUCUUGAUAUUGUUUAAUAAGGCUGCCCUGUCUUCAUAUAACUUCCCAAGUGCAAAUGUUAUCACGCUUUUUCAAAUGAUAUCUUCAUCUACAUUUCUCUAUGCGAUGAGACGCUUGAAGUUCAUUUCUUUCACUGUUACUGAGGCAUCAACCUCCCUUGAUAACCGUGUAACUCUUGUCCCUUUGAAAACAUUGAUGCACACUCUACCUCUUGCAUUCACCUAUUUGAUGUACAUGUUAGUCAGCAUGGAGUCUGUGCGUGGAGUAAAUGUUCCUAUGUAUACUACCCUGAGGAGAACGACGGUUGUCUUUACAAUGGUUAUGGAGUAUUUUCUGGCUAAGCAAAGAUAUACAUCCUCUAUUGUUGGAAGUGUAGGAUUAAUUGUUCUUGGUGCAUUCAUUGCUGGUGCUCGAGAUCUGUCAUUUGAUGCUUAUGGUUAUGGAAUUGUAUUUCUGGCCAAUAUUUCUACGGCUAUAUACCUUGCAAUUAUUGCUCGAAUUGGAAAAUCCAGUGGCCUUAAUAGUUUUGGACUUAUGUGGUGUAAUGGUAUUCUUUGCGGACCAAUAUUGCUGUUUUGGACUUAUGUGAGAGGUGACCUGGAUCUCACCUUCAACUUUCCAUACUUGCUAUCACCUGGUUUUCUGGUUGUUUUGUCCUUUUCUUGUGUUCUGGCUUUCUUCCUCAACUUCAGUAUAUUUCUCAACACCACUCUUAAUUCAGCACUAACACAGACUAUUUGUGGCAACCUGAAGGAUCUUUUCACCAUUGGAUUGGGCUGGAUAAUAUUUGGGGGCUUACCUUUUGAUUUGCUCAAUGUUAUUGGACAGCUUCUUGGUUUUCUGGGAUCUGGUUUGUACGCCUACUUUAAGUUGGUGGGCAAGUAGCCCUGUUUGUAGGGAGGUUUCUUAAUUUAAUGGAUAGCGAUAUUCUUUUACUGCUGAGUGAUGGCUACAGUUGCUGCCACUCGUUUUGCUUAAGCAGCCGCUGCAGAUCAAUACAUUUUGAUAGCAUGAAGCCAGAAAGGCUUGACAAGCAGCUAGGGUUUGUCAAUGACAGUAGGACUGAUUCUGUUAAGAGCAACGCUUAUGUUCCCUGAUUACGGCGAACUAUUAAGAUUACAUCAGAAGGGAAGAGAGACUGAUCUGCACUAAUCUGCGGUGACAUCAAUUAUUUAACCACAUUGGUGGCUUAUUUAUUUCUGCCUUUUUUUUCCCUUGGGCAGAUUUUAGUAAAUACUGUAAUUCUUUUGCCCAUGUAUUUGUUGUAUUCUUGUACGGAGUAAUAAACUGCUGAAAGCUUUUCGCUUGAAAGUUGUAAUUUGCCUAUUUGGGCCUGUUCUUCAAAUAGUCAAAUACUCUGUUUUUGGAAAUUCCUGUUUUAUUUUUUUAA